AAAAGAGGAGGAGUUUGGGAUUGCCGUUAAAGGCGAGUCCAGUUGCCUCUCUGUCAGUGUGUUCAUAGAGAGACUGUCCGCCUGCACGAGCUUCACACGGCUUUGGUUUAUUACGGAUUUUGUCGCGAGCCGGCCACAGCACCCACAUCGAAAUGGCUGAUCAGCUGACAGAGGAGCAGAUUGCUGAAUUCAAGGAGGCAUUUUCGCUCUUUGACAAGGACGGAGAUGGCACCAUCACCACCAAAGAGCUGGGUACAGUGAUGCGCUCUCUGGGCCAGAACCCUACAGAGGCGGAGCUGCAGGACAUGAUCAAUGAAGUGGAUGCUGAUGGAAAUGGAACGAUAGACUUCCCUGAGUUCCUGACCAUGAUGGCCAGGAAGAUGAAGGACACAGACAGUGAAGAGGAGAUCAGAGAAGCAUUCCGUGUCUUUGACAAGGAUGGCAAUGGGUACAUCAGUGCUGCUGAGCUGCGUCAUGUGAUGACAAACCUCGGAGAGAAGUUGACUGAUGAAGAGGUGGAUGAAAUGAUCAGAGAAGCAGACAUUGACGGAGAUGGGCAGGUCAACUAUGAAGAGUUCGUACAAAUGAUGACGGCGAAGUGAAGGCCUUGUACAGAUUUCUUAUAUAAAUAAUUUGCCUUUUUUCUUUGUGUAAUUUAUCUGUAAAAUCUUAAUAGCCCCCAUUCGUCCCUGCCCCUUCUGCUGUCCAAAGGAACUGCAUGUAAACUGCAUAGGCUCUUGUCCCCAUGUCCCUUUCUUUUGCUGUCAUGGUGUUUUGGAGUGACUGAACGGUCAUGCAACCAGAUGCCCGUGGAGGCCCCUGGGAGCCAGAGAACUUCGAAUCUUCCUGUCUUGUGUGCUCGGGGCCCCUCCACGCAUGGCGACAUUGGAAACCUGUCAGCUGGUUGUCACUUGGCAACACUGUUGGCAUGGAAACAAUGUAGAGGAGUUUUAACUCUGCAUGGACUAUGGACAAAGUAUAUAUGGAAAUCUCUCAGCAUUGCACUACUGCAAAAAAAUGACACGGGUGUAUCUCCUAGGUACUCGUACAAACUCUUUUUGUAUCUGCUGUUCUAUAUACCAGAAAAUGACUAAUCUUACCAUGCUUUUUAAUGUUUUACUCUCUACUUUUGCGUUUUCUUUCCUUUACAUUUUUUUUUUAAUGACCUCCUGGUCAUGCCUCAAAUAAUCCAUUCCAAGUUGUAUAUUUUUGUUUUCCAAUAAAAUUUACAAUCUACCCGGAUUUGAAAUUGUCUUGUUUUCUCAGUUAGAAUGGAUCCUUGAGUUUGUAUACCCUGUAAUAAUUCCCAUUUUUGUAUUGAGGACAGAAUGCUCUGGUUUUUUGAUAAGAGUUUUCUUUCUUUUUUUUUUUUUCUUGUCAUAGAAUCCACAUUGAAAUGUUUACUGAUUGGAAGUGUCCCUCCCUGCCCCAACCACCCUGUUAAUUCCCCAAAAAGCACUGAGGAGCAUCAGCCAAUGCCUCUUAAUGUUCAGAUAAGCUUGGGUUAGAUCUGUAUUGUCAUUAAAAUGAAAGCACUGAGUGGGAUCAAAGGCUUCUGUUUUGAAGUGCACACAAUGGUACUGGACAUUAGAUUAGCCUUGUACCGUCCGGCUCCCUGACCGACUGCAUAGGCCGUGUGUUGUCUGCUCCUGCUGGCACAGCACCGUGUAGAAGCCGACUGCCUCAUGUCUUACUUGGCAUUUCCCACCCAAAGGCGCGGGUGAUCGAGCGUACAUCAUAAACCAUGGUGUAAAUAGAGGUGUACCCGUUUUCUUUCUUUAAUUUUUUCUGAUUGAGUUUGUUACAGUAGCUUGCAGAGAUACUAAGUUUGUUAUUUUGAUGAAUGACAAAAUAAAGCUCUAUUGUGGACCUCUG